GAGUUCACGUCAGCUGGAGCAGCUGCGUUGUGAAACAACCAGCAAAAGGAGAGAAGUUGUGAGUUCAAACACACCCCUCUCCAGAUUUCCUACAAAACGCCCUUCUCCAGGCAAGCCUGGACACGCUGCUCCCUAUUAUCCAUCAUCUGACACAGCAGCCUCUGGUUAUUAUCUCUGGAUCAAAGCAAACACUCCAGAGGUAUAAAACCUGCCCUGCCUGAGUCCUGAUUAUUUUGGAGGCUCCCAGACCUCUUAAAGAAUGAAGCUUUUCCUCCUGGUCGUGCUCGGCAUCGCCCUGUGCACAGAAAGUGCUUCCUCCCUGACCUGCUUCUCGUGCAAAGAUGCAACUUCCAACAUCCAUUGUCUGGGCACCACCAAAUGCUCGGAGAACGAGAAGUAUUGUCUGACAAGUUAUUCCACCACAGGAACCGGCAGCGACAGGAGCCAGCGAAUCACCAAGAAAUGUUCUGCAUUUUGCCCAACAAUUGACCUGAACAUCGGCAUAGCUGGAGUCGCCACCAGCUGCUGCGAGACCUCCUUGUGCAACAUCAGUGGGGCCAGCAGUGUGAAAACCAGCUCCACCAUCCUCACCCUGGGGGUCCUGGCCAGCCUUGCCUGCAUCCUCAGGAUGGGUUUUUGAGGGUUUUUUUUUUUUUUUUUUGGGGAAAUGAGCUGCUUGGCUUUGCAUGGCAUGGUUCAAGCUGCGGUCCGUCAGGUGGGGAAUGCUGCCCUGUGCCUCCUACCUGCAAGGUCACCUCCUAUCAGGAGGUAUUUUUUGCUCUUUCCACGCUCUGAUGACAACACAAAAUGAUGUCUGGGAGAGAAAGGGCUAAAAUGGAGCCCUGCAGAAUGGCUCCAUGUGGUCACCAUCUCUCCUACUCCUGGCAUUUAUAACUCCGUGCAUUUUUUCGCCUUUCGUUUCAGCCCGGCCAUUCUCUUGUGCCAUUUUUUUUCCCCAUUUUCCACUCAGUAUCAUUUUUGCUCCAAGAAAGCCUUUAAUAUUCCAGUUGUUAAACAGAAACUGGGCACAAUAAAGUGUUAUUUUAUUCUA